AUGAUUGAAGGACAUCCUUCAGUACCUAACAUUAGUAAUGGAGCUGCUGUUGGUGCUACACAAAAAGAGAAAAUAAUGUUUAACACAAAAGAAGAUGAAGAACAAGUUUUGCAUUCACUGAUAGAGCUGAACAAAUCAUUUACUGAUUUAGAAAUUGAGGUACGCACAGCUUUUGAUGAAAAAGAAGCUUCAGAUCCUAAGCUACUCAUUAAUUUAACAAGAUGGAUUGAAGCGUACAUGAACUGGAAUGACAAGCUAACAAAUGCAUCGUUAAAUGAAACUUUUAAAAUUAUUCAACCAUUUUAUGACUUCAUUGACUGCAACUUGAUAGUGGAUGUAAGUGAAAAGUUUCUGAAAGGUGUUACUUUUGGUGACGAAGAAAAGCUGAACAUUGUGAGUGAACUACAAAAUCACAAGAAAAAGGCAGACACAUUUAGAUUUUCGACUAAUGUAGCACAUCUUCACAAGUCAUUAAUGGAAAUAUACCAGGAGCACAUACCAGAUCUAACUAACAUGCCGCAUAUUAUCAUAAAGCUUCAAAAUCCAUGGUAUGUUGAGCUGUUACUGAAGGAACAAAUUGAUUCUGAUGUUCAAAACAAAGAUGGUGUUACUGCUUUAAUGGUUGCCAGUGCUAAUGGACAUUAUGAAGUAGUUAAGUUAUUAUUAGAAUGGAAAGCUGAUCCAACUAUUAAAUCUAAUGAAGGUCACACUGCUUUAUUUUAUGCCAAGACUGAGGAAAUAUCUGUAUUACUUCAACAAGUUGAUGAUGCUAUUAGUGUAUCUUCAUGUACCAGUAGUGUAUUGAGUUUAGUCAUGUGA